GAGCUGUGAAGGUGAUGGGCAGACGGGUGGAGACGAUGGGAGGUUAGCAGACCAAGACGGACAGACUGGCCUGGAGAGAUCUUACACUUUUGGAGAUUGGGAAAAAAAAUGUGGUUUCUCUCCGCUAGGCAAAUGUCCGGGGUACUCACCGGCUGCGAAGCGCCCUCCUUGCCUCCCCACCUUCACUCUCGCUAGGUAGCGGCGGCUCCCGGGGAAAACGUGGGCGGGGCUUUCCCUGUGGCAGUUACCGGAAGUGACGCGUCGAUAUCGCGAGAAGAGAGACGCGCGAGCCUCCGCGGCCCGGAACCGGCCUUGGAACAGCGGUGGAACCCGAGGCCGCUCGCCCUCCCGCCCCAUGGAGCGGCCCCCGGGGCUGCGGCCGGGCGCGGGCGGGCCCUGGGAGAUGCGGGAGCGGCUGGGCACCGGCGGUUUCGGAAACGUCUGCCUCUACCAGCACCGGGAACUUGAUCUCAAAAUAGCAAUUAAGUCUUGUCGCCUAGAGCUGAGUACCAAAAACAGAGAACGGUGGUGCCAUGAAAUCCAGAUCAUGAAAAAGUUGAACCACUCCAAUGUUGUAAAGGCCUGUGAUGUUCCCGAGGAACUGAAUUUUUUGAUUAACGAUGUACCUCUUCUAGCAAUGGAAUACUGUUCUGGAGGAGAUCUCCGGAAGCUACUCAACAAACCAGAAAAUUGCUGCGGACUUAAAGAAAGCCAGAUACUUUCUUUACUGAGUGAUAUAGGGUCUGGGAUCCGAUAUUUGCAUGAAAACAAAAUUAUACAUCGUGAUUUAAAACCUGAAAACAUAGUUCUUCAGGAUGUUGGUGGAAAGAUUAUACAUAAAAUAAUUGAUCUGGGAUAUGCCAAAGAUGUUGAUCAAGGAAGUCUAUGUACAUCUUUUGUGGGAACGUUGCAGUAUUUGGCCCCAGAGCUCUUUGAGAAUAAACCUUAUACAGCUACUGUUGAUUAUUGGAGCUUUGGGACCAUGGUAUUUGAGUGUAUUGCUGGAUAUAGGCCUUUUUUACAUCAUCUGCAGCCAUUUACCUGGCAUGAGAAGAUUAAGAAGAAGGAUCCAAAGUGUAUAUUUGCAUGUGAAGAGAUGACAGGAGAAGUUCGGUUUAGUAGUCAUUUACCUCAACCAAAUAGCCUUUGUAGUUUAAUAGUAGAACCCAUGGAAAAUUGGCUACAGUUGAUGCUGAGUUGGGAUCCUCAGCAGAGAGGAGGACCUAUUGAUCUUACUUUGAAGCAGCCAAGAUGUUUUGUAUUAAUGGAUCACAUUCUGAAUUUGAAGAUAGUACACAUCCUAAAUAUGACUUCUGCAAAGAUAAUUUCUUUUCUUUUACCACCUGAUGAAAGUCUUCAUUCACUGCAGUCUCGUAUUGAGCGUGAAACUGGAAUAAAUACUGCUUCUCAAGAGCUUCUUUCAGAGACGGGAAUUUCUCUUGAUCCGCGGAAACCAGCCUCUCAAUGUGUUCUAGAUGGAGUAAGAGGCUGUGAUAGCUAUAUGGUUUAUUUGUUUGAUAAAAGUAAAACUGUAUAUGAUGGACCAUUUGCUUCCAGAAGUUUAUCUGACUCUGUAAAUUAUAUUGUACGGGACAGCAAAAUACAGCUUCCAAUUAUACAGCUGCGUAAAGUGUGGGCUGAAGCAGUGCACUAUGUGUCUGGGCUAAAAGAGGACUACAGCAGGCUCUUUCAGGGACAAAGAGCAGCAAUGUUAAGUCUUCUUAGAUAUAAUACUAACUUGACAAAAAUGAAGAACACUUUGAUCUCAGCAUCUCAGCAACUGAAAGCUAAACUGGAGUUUUUUCACAAAAGCAUUCAGCUUGACUUGGAAAGAUAUAGUGAGCAGAUGACUUAUGGGAUAUCCUCAGAAAAAAUGUUAAAAGCAUGGAAGGAAAUGGAAGAAAAGGCUAUCCAUUAUGCUGAGGUAGGUGUCAUUGGAUACCUGGAGGACCAGAUCAUGUGCCUGCACACUGAAAUCAUGGAGCUACAGAAAAGCCCUUAUGGAAGACGUCAGGGAGACUUGAUGGAAUCUCUGGAACAGCGUGCCAUUGAUCUGUAUAAGCAGUUAAAGCACAGACCUCCAGAUCACUCCUACAGUGACAGCACGGAGAUGGUGAAGAUCAUUGUGCAUACUGUGCAGAGUCAGGACCGGGUUCUGAAGGAGCUGUUUGGUCAUCUGAGCAAGUUGUUGGGCUGUAAGCAGAAGAUUAUUGAUCUACUGCCCAAGGUGGAAAUGGCCCUCAGUAACAUCAGAGAAGCUGACAAUUCUGUCAUGUUUAUGCAGGGAAAGAGGCAGAAAGAAAUAUGGCAUCUCCUUAAAAUUGCCUGUACACAGAGUUCGGCUCGGUCCCUUGUAGGGUCCAGUCUAGAUGGUGCAGUAACUACCCCUCAGGCAUCAGCAUGGCUGCCCCCGACUUCGGCAGAACGUGAACAUCCUCUGUCAUGUGUGGUAACUCCUCAAGAUGGGGAGACUUUGGCACAAAUGAUAGAAGAAAAUGUGAACUGUCUUGGCCAUUUAAGCACUAUUAUUCAUGAAGUAAAUGAGGAGCAGAGCAGUAGAAUGAUGAAUCUUGAUUGGAGUUGGUUAACAGAAUGACUUACCACUUAUUCACUGUGCCCAAACCAAUGGAAGUUGUUGCUGCACAUGUUCGAAAUUUGUUUUCUCCCAUGAAACCAUUCUUCAAACACCAUUCAAUGGAAGAAAUGGCUGUGAUCAAAAACUACGUAUGGUUUUACAAAGGCUAUAUUUUGGCUUUGGGUAAUUUUAACUCCUGAACAGAUAUAAUUUUAUGUUGGUGAACUUGUUUAAAAACUACAGCUAGUUAGGAGCAUCAUUGCCAUCUAUUUGUUUUUAAACUUUGUAAAACAUUACUUAUUUAACUGACUAAAAAUACCUUUUAACUUUUGGACAUAAGGCCAAACAUAAUAUAUACAGAGAAGAAACCUGAAUUAAUGUGUUCCAAGUACACAUUGUCUGCCUAUGUUUCUGUGGCAGAGAUUGCUCACAAGUAAAAUUGUACUUCUUGAAAAAUAAACCCUACCUCCUUGUGUUGCACUCAACAGUGCUCUUUCUGGCAUCAUAAGGAGUUGGGUCAAUCCCAUUUUCAAUUUUAUUACACAUUGGACAGUGCAUCUGUGCCUUCAAUAACAGUGGACUGUCCAAAGUGUGCUAUGUGUAUAUGUAUUUAAGAUGUACAUUUAGUAAUAUCAAAGAAGAAAUGUUAAUUUAUAAUGUAUUUGAAAACAUGUUUUUUUCAUUUGUAAAAAUGAGUCAUUUGUUUUAAGAAUCUUACAUGUCUUGUCAUACCAAUAUAAAGGUCUGCACUCCCUUAUCUGUAAAUCCAAAAUCCAAAAAGCUCUGAAAACAAGGUUUUUCAUAAGCUUGGUGACAAAACUCAUUUGCUUUCAAAUCCAACUUGAACUGACAGUUGAAUCAACUUAUCCCAUCUAGUGUGAAUCUUCAUUUAUUUUGCUGCAAAAAUAUUAACAUGUUUAAUUAUUUAGUGGGGGAAGCUGCUGCCAUAGACUGUGUUGGGUGUGUAUGUAUUAUGCACUGAAUUACCUUUCUAAAAUCUGAAAAUUUCAUAAUUCUAAAACAUCUGGCUCUAACCAUUUCAGAUAAAGGAUUGUGGAUCUAUUACCUGUUAGGUAAUUUAGAAGAUACUUGUUUUUUAAAAAUGUGAAAUGCUUUUGUAUUAUAGACAGUUUUUCACUUUGUGUAUUAAAUGAUUUUUAAAUUA